AUGGGUCAACACACUCGUCUGCUCACGUUUGACCAGCUCGAGCCAUGGCAGAAGGACAACCACUGGAUCACGGGAGGGUACCGGCCACUCUUGCGGUCGUACAGGGCUUGUUUGCGGUCCAUCUUUGCGACCCAUAAUGAAACGGUCAACAUCUGGACGCACCUGAUCGGCUCGGCCAUCGCUGUCUCGACAGCCUUCUACCUCCUCCUCGACCUCUCACCCUCCGGCACCCUCACUCACGGCCGAAAAGGCUGGCUCGCUCCCUUCGCCGGCAUACCCUAUCCCUUCCCAAACGCAGCCCAGCCGAGCGUCGAGAUUUGGGACACGAUCGGGUUCGCGGCGUUUUUGGUGUCGGCGAGCGUUUGCCUGGGCUUCUCCGCCUUCUUCCACACCUUUGUCGCUCACUCAAAAGAGGUUGCCCAACGCUGGAACCGCCUAGACUACGUCGGCAUCGUCGUCCUAAUCAGCGGCACCUUCGUCCCGAUGGUGCACUACGGGUUCGCCUGCGACAGCCACCUUCGCAACCUCUACAUCGGUCUAAUCUAUACCUUCGCCGCCGCAACAACCGCAACGGUCGUCUCCCCUCACGCCCAGACUCCGCAGUUCCGUCGACUGAGAACAUACAUCUUUAUUGCGCUCGGGUUGAGCGCGGUCGUCCCUGUUGGACAUGCGGUUUGGCGGUAUGGGCUCGAAGGAGCAUCAGCGAACAUCUCGCUCUUCUGGCUCGCGCUUGGCGGCGCGUUAUACAUCAUCGGCGCCCUCCUCUACGCCGAACGCUGUCCCGAGCGUUUCUCCCCCGGGACAUUCAACACCUUCUUCUCCUCGCACCAGAUCUUCCACGUGUUGAUUUUGCUUGCUGCGUGUAGUCAUUGGACGGCGAUUACGGAGGGGUUUAGGUAUUGGCAUGGGGAGAGGGGGGGAGUGUGCUAG